AUGGCUGAUAUAGAGCGGAAGUGGCGUUAUGUUAAAUAUAUUUCUAUAUACGCCUGGGUUUCAGUUAUGUUUGUGAUAUUUUCCAUCUUUGCUUUCUGCGCCGAAACACAUCCGAACUUUCGAGUUCCUUUGUCGUCUGUGAAAAACAUGGAAAUGAUAUACCGUUAUUUCCACGUGAGUAGCGCCCGAAAAGUACAAAAACAGAUGAUGUUACAGCGGGCUGCACAGGCAAAUGCAGCGCUUGACCCGACCACCAAUUCAACAAACUUAACUGGCCCACCCGAUAUACAAGUCGAACACCCCGCCAUAGUUUUCAUUGAUAUGAUAUGCUUAAUGUUUUUCACGUUGGAAUACUUAAUGCGAGUCAUUUUUACGCCGCGUAAGGUAAAAUUCUUGCUCUCAUUGCAAAAUGUUAUAGAUUUUCUGGCCGUUCUGCCGGAUUUUGUUCAAAUGAUUAUUAUUAGAGUUUCGCCUUUGCAAAGCCCCAAGGCGUCCUUUGUCGAUUUUAUGUUCAUUAUACGCGUCACGCGACUGUUUCGCAUAUUUCGCCUGAUACGUCACGUACCGGGACUCUGGAUUUUGUUUUACACUUUAAAAGCCAGCUUCAACGAACUUCUACUCAUGAGUGUAUUCUUAGUGAUUGGAAUGGUAAUUUUUGCGUCGCUCAUGUAUUUCGCUGAGAAUAAUGAGGGAUUCAGUAACAUUCCCAUUGGUUUCUGGUGGAGUGUCGUCACCAUGACGACAGUUGGUUACGGUGACAUGUACCCGAAAAGCUCAUUUGGCUACAUCAUCGGGUCCCUGUGUGCCAUUUCCGGUUUGCUUAUGAUUGCUUUUACGGUACCCAUUAUUGUGAGUAACUUUGUACUCUAUUACACGCACGUUCAGUACGGACUGGCGAAAAAGGACAAAAAAACGAAAUCAAAAAUUUAUAUGAGCGACACUGACCUUCCGUGCAGCAGGACGGAAGAACAGGUGCUUCAUAAUCAGGAACCAAUUUAAGGAGGAUUAAUUAGGAAUUCUUCAAAGAAAAAGAGAAAAAAAAUUCAAAAAUACCAAAAAAAAAUUUUUAAAUUAAAAAAAUCAACAAAAAUCAUACAGAAAAUUCUAAAAGAAAACAAAAUACAGUGUG